GGGAAAACCAGCCUAGGGUGUCACAGGCCAGUCGCGCCAGGGCAGCGCGGGCUGGCCGGAAACUCGCUGCCGUCUCUAAUCCAGAAAAACGGCGACAAAGUCCACUCAUCCGUACGGACCAUGACUAAUGCUUUCCAACCGAGAGCACGCCUGCGAAAGUUGUCAUUUCCAUCCAUUUUCAACUCGAGAUAAAGCUCUCGACCGGCAAUCCUAACAAAAUAACGUGUUAGUACUGCCGGUACGCUUCCGCUGUUGGAACCUUUGGGCUGCAUCCAGCGUGUCUUGCCCGCUCAACCCCUGUCACCCGCACUAACAGACCCCCCAUUCAUUUCAUCAUUGCUCAAACUCGCUCGGCCCGAAAGGUGCAAUCGCUCGUUGUUGCUGCCACCUAUCAUCCCAAAGUCCACCCUUGAGGCCAUCGAUUGCGCGCCGAAAUCACAAAAUGCCAGACCUCAGUCCAACACAAGGGCCGGGCGACACGGGUCCAUUGCCAUCGUUCUACUCUCCACAAACCGCUGCGCGCCAAACAGCAGAAAAUGACGAAGAUGUCAAUCCAGCAGCUGGCCUGGCCCUCUCGACCGAGGACCCCGCGCCCUUGGGCUUGGGAGUCGACGAUGAGCCCGACCAUGUCGCACCGUCUGCGAGUACGCCAUCUACACCGGUGCAGGCGCCGCCGUCGCUCCUAUCUCCCGCCCUCACCCCUCCGUCGACACCGGGAGCCGCAACACCCAGCACAGGUGUUGCCCGUCUGCUGUCAGAGCCCCGCGGCAUCCCCGUCGACAGCUCGAUACCCACCGGCGGCUGUGGUAGCAAGCACCCGCAGCUUCUCGAGACGUUACCCCACGUCGAGUGUGUCGUGCGCGCGCGGAUCCCCACGACCACGGGCGCCGAGAUGUUUUUACAUCUUUACACAAACGACGUCGACAAAAAGGAGCAUCUUGCGAUUGUAUUUGGCCGAACCAUACGCAGCAAGUCGCUUGACGCCGUCAGAGAAGGGGAGACCGAGCUGGACCGGCUAGUGAGAGGCGCAUAUACCGGGCGACUGUACCCAGGCAGGAUAGCAAGCAAUUUGGGAGCUUCGGCACCUGCUAGCAAUGCUGCGAUCGCGGGAAUGGACACUGAAGAGAAGAAAGAGAAGACGCCGCCCCUGGUGAGAAUACACAGCGAGUGCUACACCGGGGAGACGGUAUGGUCGGCGCGCUGUGACUGCGGCGAACAGCUAGACGAAGCGGCCAGGUUGAUGUCUCUCCCCAGUAACGACGCCGGCGGCAUUAUUAUAUAUCUGCGACAGGAGGGGCGCGGAAUUGGACUCGGUGAGAAGCUCAAGGCGUACAACCUGCAAGAUCUCGGAUCUGAUACGGUCGAGGCGAACCUGUUGCUGCGGCACCCGGCAGACGCUCGGAGCUACGGUCUGGCAACAUCCAUGCUGCUUGACCUCGGCCAAAAGGAGGUCCGGCUUCUGACGAACAACCCAGACAAGAUCCGCGCGGUGGAAGGCCCGAAUCGCGAAGUAGUAGUUACGGAGCGUGUCGCCAUGGUGCCGCUGUCGUGGAAGGGGCAAGGAGGGUUCAGAGCGCCAGAGGUAGAAAAUUAUCUAAAAACAAAGGUAAUUCUUUUUCAUCCCUUUCCCCCACCGUUAGAAGCGUGCUACGUGGAGUGAUGAGUGAUGGCGCUGACACGCGACGAAUGACAGAUAGAAAAGAUGGGUCAUAUG